GAGAAUGAUAGUAAAGAAAAGAAGAGGGAUGAAAUUAAUAGCGAUGACCAAACCGCUGAGGAGCUGGUUGCAGAAGAAAAGAAACUUACAGAUUUGAUUGAUUUGCUUUCUAGAGAAAAACGCGGUGCUUUGGAUGAAACAUCCGAGCAAAAGAAACUCACUAAACGUUCGGUUUAUGAUCUAAGGGAUUUGAAUAAUGAUGACGAGGAUGACGAGGAGAGUGAUGAAGAAGAUGAAGAUGAUGAAGGUAAUGAAGAUGAUGAUGACGAAGAUAAUGAAGAUGAUGAUGAGGAAGAGGAGAAAGAUGAUGAUGAAUAUGAUGAGGAAGAGGAUGAACGUGAUCAAAAGAAAUCUGUCAAGGCUUCAGAUCUGAUAAAGAUACUUUCCAGAAAAAAGAGAUCCAGUGAUGAUUAUGAUGAUAAUGAUGAUGAUUAUGAUGAUGUAGAGGAAAGUUCAGAUGGUGAUGAUUAUGAUGAUGAUGAGGAUGAUGAAGAAGAUGAGGAUGAUGGGGAAGAUGAGGAUGAUGAAGAAGAUGAGGAUGGUGAAGAUGAUGAAGGUUGGAAAGAAGCAGUAGAACCUAUAGACGAUGCUCAACUGUUAAAAUUGUUGACAAGGGAUGAGAGAGAUGUGAACAACAUAGGAAAGAGCAAAACUAUGAAACAAGUUCCAGGUAGUGUUGUAAAGAGUAUAUCGGGUCGAAGGCUCGGAGUACUCGAAAAUGUUAGAUUUUCUUAGGAAGGUGACCUCUUAUCCAAAAGCCACAACAAGCAGAAUCCAAACCGCAGAAUGUUGAUACAGGGACGGGAAACUGGACUAAUGUAGACAACGGAUCAAUAAUAAUAGAACAUAAAGAAAAGAGAGAAGCUGCUAUGGAUUAUUCGGCCUAUCCUGCUGGGAAGAAUGAGAUGUUUGAUAAAGAUAACUCUGAUAAGGACGAUUUAGAUGAGCUGGUCAUUGACUCGGAUUACUCUGACGACGAUGAUAUUAUGGGUGGAGUUAAAAUCAACGUAGACAGAAAGAAAAGGAGUUUGGCGCACAGUCCAAUGGACACAUCUGAGAGAAAUGGUUUUAUAAGUUCGGCUGAGGCUUUUGAAAAGAUAGUUGAAGAUCCUAAUUCUGGUGUGUAGCUUCAUGGUUAUGAAGCGUGGAGUAGAUGGAGUUUAUGUAGUAAAACAUGUGAUAUUGGUAUUAGAGAAAGAUCCAGGAAGUGUCGAGAUAUUAAUAAUUGUUAUUCCGGCGAUUCCGAGAUGAAACCGUGUAUGAUUAAACCGUGUUAACUAACUAUAUGUAUAUAAAGAUAAUUGUAAAUAUAAUAAAAGUGUAACAUGAAAAUGAAGU